GCGGGGAUUGCCUGUCAGCAUCAGCCAAUGGGACUGAAAGGGGCGGGAUUACCUUUCCCGUGGCAGCCAAUGGGAGUUUGGAUGGCGGAGAUUACCUGGCAAUGUUAGCCAUUGGGAGAGAGGGAGGCGGGGAUUAAAUGGCAGCGUCGGCCAAUGGAGUGAGAGGGGCGGGAAUUACCUGGCGGUGUUAACCAAUGGGGGCGGGGGAGCCCUGGCAUUGUCGACCAAUGGAGGCAAUGGGGCGCGGCUUGCUGACAGAGUCAGCCAAUGGGAGCGACACUGGCUGGUUUUAUCGGGCAGUGUCAGCCAAUGGUGGUGACGGGAGCGCGUCUUACCCGGCGGCAUCAGCCAAUGGCGGUGGCCGAUGCUGCGGGGCGGGGUCUGCCCGGCAGCGGCGGCAGGGACAGGGUCAAGAUGGCGGCGGUGAGCGGCCUGUCAGGACCGGAGUUGCUGGAGGACGCGGCGCACGCCCGGGCCUUACUCCGGGAGCUCAAAUCCUUCUAUGACGCCCGGCUGCUGGUGGAUGUGACCUUGGAGGUGGAGAGCGGCAGCCGCUUCCUGUGUAACCGCAAUGUCCUGGCCGCCGCCAGCCCGUAUUUCAGGAGUAUGUUCACCGGCGGCCUGUUCGAGAGUAAACAGCAGAGAAUCACCAUCCACGAGGUGGACUCGGACUCCAUGGCCCUGAUCAUUGAUUACUGCUACACCGGCCGGGUCACCGUCUCCGAGGCCAGCGUCCAGAAACUCUACGUCGCCGCCAACAUGCUGCAGCUCGAGUAUGUCCGGCAGGCGUGCGCCGCCUUCAUGGCCCGGAGGCUGGACCUCUACAAUUGCACCGGCAUCUUCAAGUUUGCAGAUGCCUUUGAUAAUGUGGAACUGAAAGAGAAGGCACGUGCGUUCAUUGCACGCAACUUGCAACAUCUAUGCAGGAUGGAGGAAUUGUGUGAGCUCUCAUCUGAGCAGAUAAAAGAAAUCCUCAGUUUGGACACGCUGGAUGUGGACAACGAGAGGAAAGUGUGUAUGGCUGCAAUUCAGUGGAUUAAAGCAAAUUUCAGUGAACGUGCUGCACACGCAAUGGAUGUUCUCAAGUGUGUCCGGUGGCAUCACUUCACUGAGAAGGACAGAAUGUACCUUGAUGGUCUUAAAUCUCAGCUCUUUAUCAAAAACAAGCCUCUCUGCUCCAUCAUAGAAGACAUUUCUGCAUCCCAGGGGGCUGAUGUGCCCGCAACGAUACAAAACUCUUCCAAGAGGAUUGGAUUCAGUGCUAAGGAAAUGGUUAUAUUCUUUGGCCAUCGGAAGGAACCUUUCCUCUGUUAUGAUCCAUACUCUGGUGACAUUUAUACAAUGGCUUCACCUUUGACUAGUCCUGCACUUACCAAGUCCAUCAGUUCACUGGCUGUUUGUGUUUCACCAGACAAUGAUGUCUUUUUGGCAGCACAGCCGACCAAGCAGCUUUGGGUGUACAAUGCAGUUCAGAACAGCUGGCAACAACUGGCCGAGCGGUUGCUGGCAAGAGAGAGAAUGGAUGUUGCUUACCUUAACGGAUAUAUUUACAUCCUUGGUGGUCGUGAUCCAUCUACAGGCCUGAAAAUUAAGGAGGUUGAGUGUUACAGUAUUCAGAGAAAUCAGUGGAUAUUUGUGACACCCCUGCCUCAUGCAUUGCACUUGUUUGAACUGAUCACAGUUGGAGACUGUUUGUACGCUGUUAAUAACAAGAGAAUGUUGUGCUAUGUGCCAGAAAGGAAUCAGUGGCUGAACUGUGCCUCUCUCAAACGGAGUGAGUUCCAGGAGGCAUGUGUUUUCAAUGAUGAAAUCUAUUGCAUAUGUGACAUUCCAGUCAUCAAGGUUUAUAACCCUUCAAAGGGAGAAUGGCGAAGGAUUAGCGAUAUCCCGAUUGACGCCAACAUCCACAACUUUCAAAUUGUGUGUCAUGGGAAUAAACUGCUUCUCAUCACCACCACUGUUCCACAGUGGAAGAAGAACAGGGUGACAGUUCAUCAGUAUGAUACUACUGGGGAUCAGUGGGUCAAUGUUGGUACCAUGUUGGGACUGCUGCACUAUGACAGUGACUUCAUAUGUCUUUCAGCGCGUCUAUAUCCUUCGUGUCUGGAGCCGGGCCAAAGCUUUAUCAGUGAGGAGGAUGAUGUGCGCAGUGAGUCGAGUGCAGACUGGGAUUUUGAAGGCUCCAGUGAUAUUGACUCUGAGUCAGGGAGCUCGAGUUCAUUUUCAGAUGAUGACUGGCAGCCACCAGAAGGUCUCAGAGUUGAAAGAAUACAGCGAAAUGGUCACUUGGCACCAGCAGAGAACAGAGCGUCUCAUAUCAAUGGCCAAUUGGGAAACUAACGAGCGCCGUCUUAAAUGGCCAUCAAUGAGACGAAUCAAAAGUCAUAAAAGAAAACUAGUUUUUUUUCUGAUUGUUGCAGAUAUGGUAGUUUUGGACAAAUAUAGACAGUUAUAUUUUGCAGUAUGUGUUAAAGUCUUUGGAGGAACUGAAAAAAUAAAAGUUGCUUUGAAAAUAUCUUUCCCCUCAUUGGCAGAUACACUAGUUUUUUUUUCCCUGUUCUAUCCUUCUGCACGUAGGCCUCACUUUUUAAAGAAAUGAUUAGGGUAGUUUAAAUAGAUUCAGUAUUCUUCUUAGCAACAAUGGAGAGUUCAGUCUUUUAGCUGUUAUACUGCUUUGUGAAAUCUUUAAAAAAAAUACUCAGAAGAUAUAUAUUGUAGUUUGGAAGUUGCUGAAGUGAUGGUAAUUAAAUAGGCAGUUUCACCUGGCUGAUUUGAAGAGACAGAGUGACAUUGUUUUGCACUGGCCUACAGGAACUGCCAGCUCUGGCUUAUUGAAGGAGAACUCUUUUUUUUUGAGAGCACGAAGAAAUCCAAAGUUUUAUCCUGCAAGUUUCCUCUGGUUUAUUUGCCAUCUCUUAAUGAGGUUAAGUAACUUGGCAGCUUCAUGAUGUUGCAUAUUGGAAGAAAGCAGACUUGAUGGUUGGAGUAAUUGUGUUUCAUAUACCCUAACGUCAAUGUGAAUUCUUCUGUAAAGCUGGUCGUUAAAACUUUGGUAGUGUUCACAUGCUUCAGAAAUUUAUCACAUUGAAAAUCUUUUCGUGUAUUUCUGUAUAAAUUUAUCUAUUUGUUUUAUUUUGCUUUGCUGCAAGUAACAAUGUAAAUGAUGAUCAGUGAUAAUGGUGCUGGUCUUUCUGAGCCGGGCUGCAUGAAGUACAACGAAAGAUAAAGUUCUAAGUAAUGAAAUGUGGAUAAUCAGGGCACAGGAGAAGCCUGAUGUGUCACUGUUUUUCACAUUUCACUUCAGAAUUAAUCCCCCCCCCCCCGCUGACUCUCAGGUCUGCACUGUCCUCCGAGAUAACCCUUUGAUCUUUGAAGCUUUUCACAUGUAAUUUAAUUUCUGCUAACUUUCCUGGGCCAUUUGAAAUUUUAAAAAAUUUCUGAAAUUGAUGGAAGAACAAAGAACAGCAAUGUCAGUUGCUAGACAUUUUUAAAAAAUGUUUUAGAACUCUUCAGUUAGCUUCUGGGUGACAUUCUCUGAGGCUGGUCACCAAAAGUGGGGGUUUCUCCAAUCACUACAUUCUGUGCCAUUGAAAAAAAAAGCUUCAAAAAUUUGUGUGGGAUUGAAACUGAAUUGAUACCUCCCUUCUUUUGAAUAAAAGAACUGACGAGGCCACGUCCAUGCUUUAAAAAGAAAGUUGAAUUCUAUGGUAAUUUGAAUUAAAUAGCUGAAUCAAUUGAUUGAUUGACCCAUUGAUUUUAUUUUUGUCAUUCAUUCUUGUCUUAAUCUUGGGAUGUAGGUGUUACUGAAAAUGCCAGCAUUUGUUAGCUGUCCUUCAUUGAGCAAGCCGCUCAGUUCAAGAGUAAUCAUUGCAGAGGGCAAAUAAAAGUCCACUACGUUGCUGGAGUCAUACGUAGGCUUGGCCUGGGCAUGAUGGCAGAUUUCCUUCUCUACUUUCAGCUGUCAUGGUUAGAUUUGAUUCCACAUCCAAAACAUUAUUCUUGGCCUCUAGUUUAUCAGUUGAGGUGCCAUUACUAAUAAACCAUAAUCACCCCUCUGCUAAACCUUGAUGUUCAAAUUUGGACGAAUGGAAUAAGUGAUGUUUCAAACUGGCUUUUUAAAUAUUUUUGUUAACUAUUAGUGAACAAAAGGAAUUUUCUGGAUGUUUAGAAAUACCACCUUCUGGCCCAACACCAACGUUUAAACACUAUUUGAUUUUAGUGUAAUUUCCAUUUAUUUAUCUGAACCGACAUGGAAGCAGAAGAUAUGACCUCUUUCUGUGCACGUGAUCCUGUCAGCAUUUUGGACAAGUGGGUUUAAAAUAAAGCAUUUUUGCCUUUUGAUUACCAGUAAAUGAACUAAACUUCGUGAACAUUUAAAGGCCUGUUUCCUGAAAUCAUCCUCCCUCACUCCACAAGAUAGAAACAAUCUCUGGUUUACAAAAUCAUCACAAGCCUUCAUAGGUUUCACUGGGGAGUUAAAUAAAUUGAGUGAAAAUACGUAUUAGUAAUGUGCAGUGUGUUUAAAGUACAGAUUAGGGAGCAAAUGUUUUGCAAGACAUGCCACAACGUUUUAUAUUCUGUAAAAUUGUUUACGUGAUAGACGGUUAACCCACACUCAAUUUUGCUUUUUUGUAAUAUUUUCAAUAAACACUAUCUUUUGCA